GAAGCACCAGCUGAAUCAGUGCAGAGUUCCUCCAUAAACUAUGAAAAAGAGGAGAACCAGUUUUACCCACUAAAAAACACAGUAAAAAAGGAACAUAAGCCCUCAAAUGUCAUCCCAUCCAUGGAAAAUGUCAUCCCAUCCAUGGAAAAUGUCAUCCCAUCCAUGGAAAAUUUCAUCCCAUCCAUGGAAAAUGUCAACGACUUUGUACUGACAGAUGCAGAGGGGGACAGUUUCAUGAAGGGAAUGGAUCUUGUCAGUUAUGGAUGGACACCACUGGAUCUGAUAGCAUCUUUCACAGAGCCGCAAAGAAAGCAAUCAAGUGGCAGAUCUAAGGUUCCUCGUAAGAGUGUGCACUCCUCCUACAGACUGACAGGACAGGGCUUUCAACCAAAGGCAAAGGACCCCAUUCUGAAUAAGCUGACCCUGAUUGAGAACAGCCACGAUAUUGGAGACGAUGGUCUAGUUCUGGUGAAAAUGGAGAAUGUAGAGCCUGAGGUACAUGGAAGAGCAGCAGAUGACUCCAAUUCAGUGGUGAGGUCAAAGCUGCAGCUGUCUCGAGUGGUUGAUGGCUCCCAGACAUUGAGCUAUAAGGAAGAAGUAAGGCGCCCUGGACGAAGAGGGCUGACAACAUUUAAAAUGGAGGGCAAGGCUCAACAAAAGGGGCUGCAAGGAAAGGGUCUGGCUUUGUCUUUUGUGGAUAUACUGAGGAAAUUGGACAAGGCUGAAUAGGAAAUUGGACAAACCAGAUAUCUUCAUGAAAAUAAAUUGUUC